CUGAUUUGAACAGGGCGGCGGGGAAGUGGUGGCCGCGCAGCUCCCAUGGCCAAGCAGCUCGGCCGGGAGCAGCAGGGCAUCACCCUGCGGGGCAGCGCCGAGAUCGUCGCUGAGUUUUUCUCCUAUGGAAUCAACAGUAUCCUCUACCAGAGGGGCAUCUACCCGCCCGAGACCUUCACCCGCGUCCAGAAGUACGGGCUCACCCUCCUCGUCACCACCGACCCCGAGCUGAAGAGCUACCUCAACAACGUGGUGGAGCAGAUGAAAGAGUGGCUGUACAAGUGCAUCGUGCAGCGCUUGGUGGUGGUCAUCUCGAGUAUCGAGAACAGUGAGGUUCUGGAGCGCUGGCAGUUUGACGUGGAGUGUGACAAAACCGCAAAGGAUGAGAGUGUACCACGAGAAAAAUCUCAGAAGGCUAUUCAGGAUGAAAUUCGAUCUGUUAUCAGACAAAUAACUGCCACAGUAACUUUCCUGCCACUGUUGGAAACUGCCUGUGCCUUUGACUUGCUGAUAUACACUGAUAAAGAUUUGGCAGUGCCAGAAAAGUGGGAAGAGUCGGGACCACAAUUCAUAGCCAAUUCAGAAGAGGUUCGUCUUCGUUCCUUCACUACCACAAUCCACAAAGUAAAUAGUACGGUGGCUUACAAAAAGGAUUCCUUUCCCUAAAACAUUGAGGGGCUUUGUAUAUAUCCUGUCACCUUGUACAGUUUCUGUUCGUAGCACAGCUAAGUCAUGAACACAUGGUUACUGUUGUUCCUGCUGAGGUAUGAUGCAGAGAAAAGACAAGGUGUUUGUCUACAAUAAUGUGAUGUAACGCUAGACUAAUCUGGCAUUGUUUUUAAAGAGGUCUAAAUAAGGUAUUCAUAAUAAUAGUUCAAUUCUUUCUUUAUGCAUUAAACUACCACAUUCACUAGAAAAACUGCCUAAAUCUAGGAUUAAUUGCUAGAAUUGUGUUCAGAUACUGUAAUUUAGUAGUUUUAGAUUAUUAUAAACUCCAUUCUAUCAGCAGGCUUAAGUUUUCCCUGGCACUAUGAAAAUUUCAGUCUUGGCUUGCCAGUUCUUCCUAUUAAAAGCCUGGGCUGUUUUAUUACCAGAAACAAUCUUAAAAUGAAUCAACAAUUCUGAAGUUACUUGUACCUCUUUAAAAUGAAAGCAGCUGUUUAUCAGGAAAAUCUUAAAUACAUGGAGCCUUGUACAGUAAUGACUGCUGGACUCUAGUUCUGGGGACAGUAUUGUUCUAAGUUGGUGUGUGUCUCUAGUGUCUGUCAAGCAUUUUCUAUGUUUGUAUUCUUGUUUUAUAUAAUAAAGCUACAAAUUGUAUAGUGUUCUCUAA